GGAGAACGGCAGAAGGACGGAGCGGAGAGGGGAGGUGUAUGUUAGGACUACUGAAGACGAUGAUUAUCAUGUGAUGAGCACCUAAGCUGAACUGGACACUGUGCUGAGCACUUUCCAGCCAUUAUCUCACUCAAAUGAGUUCAGGACGAGCGUGAGGAGGCUCCUGGCAGUUGGGCUGUUCCGGGCCGGCGGCAGGAGAGAGCUUGAUGCGUGCCUGGCGUGCGCAGGCCGAUGCCGCCGGCAGAAAAGAGCGAGGGGCCACCGGUCCCGGCGCCCGCGGAACGCGCCCGAGGCCGGGUGCCGGGCCUGCCGUCGCCGGCGCUGUGCUGCGCCUGCGGUCUGUGCGCGCUGCUGGCGGGCGUGAACGUGACGCUGGCAGGCGCCUUCGCUUCCUUCCUGCCUGGGUACAAUGCGCUGCUCGUCGUGGGGCCGGCGCUGCUGGUGGUGGCGCUCGGCUUCUUCGCGGCCUGCUGCGUGUGUAGCCGCCGGGGCCCCGCGACCCGUGCGCGCUCGGCGGCCGCGGCGGGCCCGGGCCAGGGUGGCGGUCGCGCCGGGCCCGUGGCGCUGGAGAUGGAGAGCAGCGAGCCCACGGCACAGGACACCACGGCCGUGCAGCUCAGCCCUGCCGUCUCCGCCGCGUCCUCCGGCCGCUCCAGCCCCGGCCCCAGCCCCCUCGCCUUGGAGGCCCCGGCGCUGGCGGCGGUCUGCGCCCUGCGCUCGGAAAGAGUCCAGCUCAACCCGCCCCGGGAGCGGGCCGCCCCCUAGCGGACCAGG